CGACCGGAACUCUUAAACACUUGUCUGUCAUCAUCCAAAAGGGGGAAAUUGUUGGGAAAAAUAUUAUAGAUUUUGAUGAUGAUGUAUUUAGAAUGUAUUAGGGACUUUAGGUCUCCCCAAAUAUUCAAUGUAAUUUUUCUUUUUAGAAAUACUGUCAAAACCGAGCACUUGAGAUUUCCAAUAAAAGCUAUGAUAUAUCUUUAAGCGUUUUGAUGCCUGAAGACUUAAUCAAAUUCAGUGAUAUGGAAAUCGGAUAUCUUGUUCGGAAAUGUCAGAGACAAGUAAGGAUUUUCUCAAGCAAACGAAAAUCCUCUGAUCCGGAAGACUACAUAAGAACCGGAUGUCUCGCUACAACCCGCUGAAGUCUAAGUCAUCCAAAUCGGAAGACUAGCGCGGAUCUCCUUCUCACCCGGAAGUCUGAAAAUGACUCAUCCGGAUUUGUCAGCUAAGAAUCGGAAGACUCACUGAAGACCGGAAUUCUCAGAAAGCGGACAAGUGAGAAAAGACUUAGAAAAAUUAUCUAAGUCCUGAAUGAAGAAAUUCUACUCGUUGAUUCGAGAUCUCGUUCUUGACAAGGAUGUCAGAAGAAAGAGUUCGGGGGAGUCAUCUGGUGAAUUGCUUCAUGUUGGUAGAGGUAGAAGAAAUAGCAGAGGUAGUGGGAGCAAGAACAGACAAAGGAGUCAGUCGAAGACUCGUGACAGCUCAGGUGUAACAUGCUGGAAGUGCAAGGAGGUGGGGCAUUAUAGGAAUCAAUGCCCGAAUGGCAAGAAAGCGAACAUUGCUGAAGGCUCUGCGAGUGACGAGGAGGUCACUUUGACUUGCUGUGAGGAAAGCAAUGUGGAUUCCUGGGUCAUGGAUUCUGGUGCUUCAUUUCAUGCCACCCACAGCGGUGAAGCAUUGCAGAAUCUGGUUAUUGGAGACUUUGGAAAGGUACGACUAGCAGACGACAGAGCUCUUGAGGUGACGGGCAUGGGUGACAUGGUGUUGAAGACCUCAGUCCGUCCCUGGACUUUGAAGGAUGUCAUAGUAGUUCCAGCCUUGAAGAAAAGUUUGAUUUCUGUCAGGCAGUUGGACGAACAAGGACACGAGGUAAAGUUCAGAGAUGGGCAGUGGAAGGUCGUGAAGGGAAAUCUUGUCAUGGCCCGCGGAAGGAAGAGUGGUUCGUUGUAUAUGGUCGAGUUACCAUCUGAGGGAGUGACCGUCCCAGAUCAGAAAAGAAACAAAGUCCGGUUCAUAGAGUCUCGUGGGCAGAAGAAGGUUGUCUUUGCAAGAGAGGAACCUAGAGCCACAGGUCAGACUCAGGUUGGACGAGCGAGGAAAGUUUCAAGGAGGCCAGUUAGAGGUAUCUGUGGCAGUGGGAGCAUAGGUGGUGCUUCAGCCAAGUUUCCUAGAAGACAGUGGGUCAGAAGAACCAGUAUUCCAGCUGUUGGAACAUCUCUAGAAAAUUUCUUGCUGAGUACGGAGAGUGUUUGUUCUCAGGAUGUUCCAGAAUCCGGCAGUGUGCAUCUGCAGUGGGAGCCGGUAGGGACCGAGGACGAGUUAGGGGCAGAUUUUGCCGUGACUGAUGUGUUGGAGCUUGGAAGAGCUUCAACGGGCCUUUCAGUUGUCUGAUGAGAGGGCCGCUGCAAUAGGAGAGCUGUGGAAGAUUACUCGAUGUACAGGAAAUCGUGGUGGAUGGAAGUUGAUGACUAUCAAGCCUCUAAGUGGGAGAAUGUUGGGUUUGUGGAGGCUUGGGCUUGAUUUGUUGGCCCGGCACAUGUUAUGUAACCCUAGGUUUUUUGUUUCUCCUAUAUAUUUAGCCCUUGUACUUGUAAUUCC